UCUGAGCAUUCAGGAGUUUCUGGCUGCAGUCUACAUGUUGCACUGUUACACCAACAGAGACACAGCGGUACUGAAGAGCUUCCUGAAGAGAGACUGGCCCUAUAAGAACAGUAAAAACAGUGAUCAGGAUUACCCAUCCCUGGAUGUCUUUCUAAAGGGAGCCAUGAAGAAAUCCCUCCAAAGUAGAAAUGGCCACCUGGACCUGUUUGUCCGCUUUCUCCACGGCCUCUCUCUGGAGUCCAACCAGAGACUGUUAGGAGGCCUGCUGGAUCGCACAGACAACCGUCCAGAAACCAUCCAGAGAGCCAUCAGCAACCUGAAGGAGAUGAGAACAAAAAUCUCUCCUGAAAGGAGCAUCAACAUCUUCCACUGUCUGACAGAGAUGAAGGACCACUCAGUACAUCAGGAGAUCACAGAGUUCCUGAAGUCAGAGAACAGAUCAAAGGAGAGACUCUCUGAGAUCCACUGCUCUGCUCUGGCCUACAUGCUGCAGAUGUCAGAGGAGGUUCUGGAUGAGUUGGACCUGACGAAGUACAAAACAUCAGCUGAGGGACGAGGGAGACUGAUUCCAGCUGUGAGGAACUGCAGGAAGGCCAAACUUACUCGCUGUGGACUCUCAGAGGCUCACUGUGAAGUCGUGUGGCCUCAGCUCUGAAGUCUGACUCCUCCCAUCUGAGAGAUCUGGACCUGACUGGGAACACGCUGAAGGAUUCAGGAGUGGAGCUGCUGAUCUCU